UCUAAUCUGUGUAUGUGCACUACAUAGUGUCUGCUAGAAAUGCACUAGUAAGAGGUUUUGAUGUUUUUUUUUUGUUUGUUUUGUUUUUUUUGUUUGGGGGGUUGGUAUGGCUGAGCGAUUGCUAAUCCCUAAAUCCUCACUUCCGGAAAACUUAACGAAAGGCUGGAGCAGGUCUGUCUCUUUCACCACUCGCCAUGCAGCAGAGGGAGCAUCGCUAUAAGGUCCUGGUGAUCGGAGACCUCGGCGUCGGGAAGACAAGCAUCAUCAAACGUUACGUGCACCAGCACUUCUCCGCUAACUACCGAGCCACCAUCGGAGUGGACUUUGCUCUCAAAGUAAUCAAUCUGGAUCAGGACACCAUCCGGCUGCAGCUAUGGGACAUCGCAGGUCAGGAACGUUUCGGGAACAUGACCCGUGUGUACUACCGUGACGCCCUCGGCGCCUUCGUGGUUUUUGACGUGACGAGGUCAUGCACGUUUGAGGCCGUGAGGAAGUGGAAGGAGGAUUUAGACGACAAGGUGAGCGUCUCUGGGGGGAAACGGAUCGCCGCCGUGCUGCUCGCCAACAAAUGUGACCAGGAGAGAGACGAGGCUUUCGCCAGACACUACAACAGGAUGGAGCAGUUCUGCCGAGAGCAUGGCUUCAUCAGCUGGUUCGAGACGUCAGCCAAGGAGAACAUUAAUAUAGAUGAAGCUGUUACCUGUCUGGUGAGCCACAUCAUGGCCAGUGAGACAGAACUGCUCCAAAGGGACGACAUGAACAUCGUCUCCCCUAACCUUGAUUCGGGACGCAGCCCGCCCUGCUCUGCCUGCUUGAGAGCCUAAAUCACUCCAUCCUCACUUCACCAGCCCACUUCAUCCCUCAAAAUACUCCCCAUCCUACUAUACAGACAUCUGUGUGUGUGUGUGUGUGUGUGUGUGCGUGCAGUUGUCUGUGUGUGUUAUAAAAAGCAUCUGUGCAUUUGUAUCCAUAGCAACAGACUUGAAAAUUCACACAUCAGCAACCUUAUAGAGGAACUUGAACUUCUCUCUCUCUCUCUCUCUCCCCGUUAUUCACAUAUUCAUUUAUGGAUCAACAGGAACUUUGUUUCGUUUAAUAAUGAGUGCAAAGAUUAAUUACAUUAAUUACAUAAAUAUGAUCAUCAUAAAUCAUCCUUUCCUAAUGACAUCAUUCACCUGUAAUGUGUGUUGCUGUUAUUUAUUUUUCUCUGUGUGUGUGUGUGUGUGUGAGGUUUUUAUUGAAUGUAAAGAGAUUUGAUGUGUGAAAUAGAACACUCUGGAUCAUUCUGUUACAGGAAAAUAAUUAGCGAUGCAGUGGUAUGAUGAGGUGUUUUAUUCCCAAUACACCACAGCAACCUGUAAGUGAUUACAGGGGGGCAGUGGUGGCUCAAGUGGUUAAGGCUCUUGGUCGUUGACUGGAAGAUCAGGGGUUCAAGCCCCAGCACCGCCAAGUUGCCACUGUUGGGCCCUUGAGCAAGGCCCUUAACCCUCUCUGCUCCAGGGGUGCCGUAUCAUGGCUGACCCUGCGCUCUGACCCCAACCUCCAAGGAUGGGAUAUGCAAAGAAAGAAUUUCACUGUGCUGUAAUGUAUAUGUGACAAAUAAAGGCUGUUUCAUUUCAUUUCA